AUUUAUGAAACAACAGUCUCUCUUUUAAGUCUCUAAAGCUUUGAUUCAUUUGUUUUGCAUCACAAUGUGCGAUAGACUUAUCUUAUUUUGAAAGUCAACCGGAACUCACCACGUCUGCCUCUUCAGGGUUGUAUCGGAAGUGCUGUUCCUAACGGCUAACCUGACUCCAGUUGAACAUCAGAUAUUCAGACGGCUGAUCCACGAGAGUCUCUCCCUGGAAUAAUCCACUUAAAUCGGUUUGUUGGAGUUUGGGGAACAUUGGGACGUGAAGUUUACCUGCUGAUCCAAGAUGGCGCCCUCUGUUUGCUCCGCUGGAAGCUUUUAUUGGUGAAGAAUCUAAAAGGUCGCCUCGUCGCCUCCACAGAUGUGGCUGCUACCUCUGCUGAGACUUCUGUUCAUGAACGGCGAGGAUGCUCUGAUUGGACGCCUGUGGCUGGGCCUGGAGGGAUGACAGGACUUUAGCAGACAUGGAGACAGGAGAGACACACAGCUGGAAACGCCACAUUCACAUAGUCUAGACUCUCCGCGUUAAAUCCACUCAGGACUAAAGAAAAGCUUAUUUUUAUAUUUCCUAUCCCGAGCUGUUUUUCUUAAUCACUCUAAAGCCAUACAGCUGUCAGGAGCAGACGUCAGGAUGAGCUCCGAGGGCUUUCAGUACAGAGCGCUGUACGACUACAAGAAGGAGCGGGAAGAGGACAUCGACCUUCACGUGGGAGACAUGCUGCUGGUCAGUAAAGGGGCGCUGCUGGCGCUCGGCUGCACCAACGGAGCCGAAGAGCGGCCGUCAGAGAUCGGCUGGCUGCCCGGCUUCAACGAGACCACACAGGAGAAAGGCGACUUCCCGGGGACGUACGUUGAGUUUGCGGGCAGGAAGAGGAUGUCCCCACCCACCCCGAAGCCCCGCCCACCCAGACCGCCGUCUGCAGCGUCAGUGAGGACCGACUCUGAAUCUGAGGGGUUCAUGUUGCCGGAUCUCCCGGAGCAGUUUGGACCCCCGGACACCGCCCCCCUCCUCCUCAGCAGACUGAUGGAGGCCGUAGAAACCAAAGGUCAGGACGGUCCAGGUGUGUAUCGCAGUAUGAGUGGAGGGAGUUUGGACACCCGGCAGCUGAACGACACAGACCUGGAUCAGCUGGAGGUGUCGUCCCUUUGUGACGGGGUGAUCCGGUUUCUACAGGAUCUCCCUGGUCCCGUCCUCCCCUCCUCACUACAGACGGACAUGAUUCAAGCAGUGCAAGAGGUCCGGGAACUGGAGGACUGUGCUCAGGUGCUGCGGGGGGUUGCUAGCUCACCGUCUUGCCCGGCUCAGUACGGCCUGACCCUCCUCAGCGUGGUCCGCCACCUGGCCCGGCUCUGUCUGCACAGCGCCAAGAACCAGCUGAGCCCCCAAGGCCUGGCAGAGAGCUUCAGCCCGCUGCUGUUCAGACAGACUGCAGGGUCUGAGUCCAGUCUGGGUCCUAUGGUCCAGGUCCUGGAGGUUCUGAUAACCAGUGAGCUCAACAUGAACCAGGCUGCACCAGCGUUACCUCCUAAACCCACCAAACCACCGACUCCAGCUCCUUCAUGCAGCUUCAACAACAGUAUCUCCCUGCAGGACGCCGAGUGGUACUGGGGAGACAUCUCCAGAGAGGAGGUAAACGAGAAGCUGAGAGACACCGCUGAUGGAACGUUCCUGGUUCGGGACGCCUCCACUAAGAUGCACGGAGACUACACUCUGACUCUGAGGAAAGGAGGAAACAACAAACUGAUAAAGAUUUUCCACCGGGAGGGGAAGUACGGCUUCUCCGACCCGCUGACAUUCAGCUCAGUGGUCGAGCUCAUCAAUCAUUACCGCCACGAGUCGCUCGCUCAGUACAACCCCAAACUGGACGUGAAGCUGCUGUACCCGGUCUCCAAACACCAGCAGGACCAGGUGGUGAAGGAGGACAGUAUUGAAGCAGUGGGGAAGAAGCUCCAUGAGUAUCACCUGCAGUACCAGGAGAAGAACCGAGAGUACGACAGACUGUACGAGGAGUACACCCGGACCUCUCAGGAGAUCCAGAUGAAGAGGACGGCCAUCGAGGCGUUUAACGAGACCAUAAAGAUCUUCGAGGAGCAGUGUCAGACUCAGGAGCGGUUCAGCAAAGAGUACAUCGAGAAGUUUCGUCGAGAGGGCAACGACAAGGAGAUCCAGAGGAUCAUGGAGAACUACGACAAGCUGAAGUCUCGGAUCAGCGAGAUCGUGGACAGUAAGAGACACCUGGAGGUGGACCUGAAGAAGCAGGCGGCCGACUACAGAGAGAUCGACAAGAAGAUGAACAGCAUCAAACCAGACCUGAUCCAGCUCCGCAAGACCAGGGACCAGUACCUCAUGUGGCUCACUCAGAAGGGAGUCCGUCAGAGGAAGCUGAACGAGUGGCUCGGCCUGAAGAACGAAACCACAGAGGAUGAGUACAGCAUGGUGGAGGAUGAGGAGGACCUCCCUCACCACGACGAGCGUCUGUGGCGUUUAGGAAACAUCAAGCGGAACCAGGCGGAGAACCUGCUCCGCGGAAAGAGGGACGGGACCUUUCUGGUGCGGGACAGCAGCAAACCGGGCUGCUACGCCGCCUGCUCUGUGGUGGUGGACGGGGAGGUGAAGCACUGCGUCAUCAACAAGACCAGCACCGGUUUCGGUUUUGCAGAGCCCUACAACCUGUACGGCUCCCUGAAGGAGCUGGUCCUGCACUACCAGCACACCUCGCUGGUCCAACACAACGACUUGCUCAACGUCACGCUGGCCUUCCCCGUCUACAGCCAGCAGAGACGGUGACUCCCCCCCGCCUCCCCCCCUUCCCGUGUUUCAGGUGGUCAUCGUGGACCAGCGAGGGACCUCGUUUAAAACAAACAACCAUCCGUCUCUCUUACAGACCAGAACCGGAUCACGUGUGUCAUUUUUUUCAGGCAUGCCGGUGCUGCGAAUCCACAAAGUGUUCAGACCGGCGGGCUGAAGAGGAAGCCGUGUUGAGUUUUAUACUUUAACAUCCCGCAGGAAUCCACCUCGACACCUUAUUCUGCUGCGGGAGGCGUCACAUGGAGCUUUAACGUCCUGUGAGGAGGGACGAGACGGACACCGGAUCACUUUAAACUCUGCAGGGAUCUGAAGAAGACCAACUGCUCCUGCAGUCUCCUCACACGAGAGGAGAUGCUUCAGGUCAGGAUCACAUGGGAACUUUCUCCUCUGCCCUCACAGGUUCAACUUCACUGUAUAUUGCACCUUUACACUCAAAGCAGGCAUGAGAGGAGGUCUCCACCCGGGAACAGAAAUGAGGGAAAGAGGUGAAAAGAAAAGAAAGAGUGAGAAUCUAAAAUGUUAAUCAAGUUAAAGAAGUCAGAGUCGAUCCUGAGGGUGUAGCUGAGGUAGAAACGUCUCCUUGGAUCAUUCCCAGGAUCUCUGAACCCAAAACAGUCUCUCCAUGAAACCCACUUUAUUUAUUAGUCAGUGAGUCCUGCUCACAGCGUUCGAUCUUUAGUGUAAUGACAGCUGGUCUUGUUUUCUGGAGAUACUCAGGAGCCAGGGUUCAAAUCCAGUUAGUGUGUUUUUAAAGGGGACAUAUCACGCUUUUUUCAUCAACAUAUAUUGGUCUAAGAGGUCCCCAAAACAUGUCUUUAAAGUUUAUGCUCAAAAAAACACUUUGAAAUCAGAUUCUGGUCUGCCUGAAAAACCCUCUUCUUCAGUCCUCCUCAGAACAGUCUGUUUUCUCUCUGACCACGCCCCCUCAGGAAGUGGAUGUGCCUCGGCUCUCCAGCACGUUGAUCUUAUGUUUACAUGUUGGCUGAAUAUACACGGCUGCUCACAGACCCACGUUACUUCAACCCUCUGAAUCUGAUCCUGAAUCUGAUCCUGACGGAGAGGCGCCUGCAGCAGGACCUUUCUGAACCAUUGGUCACAGAUUUAGUGUUUCUUGUUGUUUUAUUUGUCAGCAUGUAGACGUGUGUCUUGGUACACAGCUACCAACAUGUAGCUAUUUGGCUAUGCUAACUAGCGCUAGCACUUAUCCAUGGAAAAUAAAAAUCAUCCACUAGAUCUUCAAAUCUGCAGACGUGGGGAGUAAAACCGACCUUUGUGUUUAUUAAGACAGCCUACAACUAGCAUGCCUCCCUCCUAAGCUCCUUGUUAGCACACAUGUGUGCAGGGAAUGAAAAACGGAGGAGGGGUUGAGUUGUAUUUUAUACAGUCUAUGGGCUGAACAAGCUCCGAGCUCUGACUCCGUGACAGACCGGAUAUUGUUGUUACGUAACAAAAACACUGAAGUCUGAAACGGCUGGUUUCACACACAUUUACAGAAAGGUGGAGAAAUCAGAACAGGGGCAGAAUGGAUUUUUUUCAUUCUCGGGGGGUUUGUAGACAGGGACACAGAUUUCAGGGAGAGAACCAUUAAAAAGUCCAUUUUGCAUGAUAUGUCACCUUUAAGGCUUUAAGUCGUCCAAGGUGUUCAAAAGGUUUAAUCUGGAUUAGAAUGAUCCAGAUUUCUUUGUUCCUCUUAUUUAAGAAACACUGUUCUGGAUCAACCUCAUCCAGAAACCUUAAAGGUGAUUCAUCUGGACCUCUAAAUGAGACUCGGGAUCCAGAGCGACUCAUCUCCUCAUCCUUUAAAUGGAUGUUUAAUUUCUGACUAACUGAGCAGACUAAAGGAAAGAAACUCAGAAACAUUCAAAACGAGCACAACAAAUUUAUCACGUCUGAACGGGGGGUCACAGAGUCCCUCAAAGUGGUUCACAGAGUGAGUCUAGCACCUCCUCACAGGUCAGCGUCCUCAUGCCUGAGCUGGUUCCUCCUGUCUCUGGUGGAGUGGUUAAAUAGCCGACAUACAACUUUAUCUCCAUUUAUAGAUCACCAUACUGACAAACCACACCCACUACCUGAUGACAUCAUCACCUGUGCUCCUUUACAUCCAGGUAGUAGAACUUUAUUUUAACCGGAGCUGCAGCUACAACUUAUUAAUACUCUAUUUAAGGGAUUAGUAAUCCAGGUGCUGACAGGAGUACAGUCCACUAAACAUGCUCUUCCCCGUUACACUACACACCCUGUCCACAUGGGGGCGCCAGAGUCCACAGACACUGAAUCCUCCUCUCUGCUGCGUUUGAUUUAAUAUUUUCUGUGACAUCGACGUUCUUUAGUGGAACGUCUGCCUCGUGGACUCAAUCCCACUCCAAAGUUUAAACGUCACAAACAGGGUCUAGAUUUGAUCCAGUCUGAGAGUUUUUAAUCCGACCAGGUGACUUUGGAACCUCUGGGCCCUGGUUCAGAAGCUCUUUAAAGUCCGUUCAUCAGAUCAGAUUCACUUUGAGCUGAAGAGUGUCAGAAACGUGUCCCAUGUGAUCUGGACCUGAUGUGGGACUUGAUACCGGUGAUGUUGAGAACAAAGCUGUGGAGCGUCUCCUCGUUGUGGAGGUCAGAGGUCACUGAACGGACUCUUCCCCAGGACCGCGCUCGGCUCGUGAUGUCAGAGGAAACACGUCGGACAAUCCAGAGAGACUUUUCUUGCGAACACUGUGAGCGACUCAGAACGAGGUUUAAAAUGAGGGCGACUCGACUUGUCCCGCAUUUUCAUAUCAGGAGAAUUAAAAACCCCUGCACCAUCCAAAGACUUGAUACCCCACCUCCUCCUCCUCCCCAAACCCCCCGCCCCCCAUCAGCAGUGUUUCAGGUCCUGUAUCUUCAGGUGUGUUUGCUUUGCUGCCUCAGAGUGUCGUUACAUGACGGAUUCUUCUGUUUGUCUGACAGCACAAAGAUUUCCUCGUGCUGCAUCCAAUGAAAUCAAUAUUCAGGACUCAUGAAAACUGCACCUCUGGAUCUUUCUGGAUCGCUUAAAGGACUCAGCGGAUUUUUACAGACGAACGCAGCCUGGGAACGCUCGGCGCGUGUAACAAGAUAAAAAUCUGAGUCCCAGUUUUUCGUCUUUAUUUUCUCUCUUUUGUUUUUGCGCAUCAAGAUGAACGACUGCUUUAAGAGAACCCAGGUACAGGAGAGCAGAGUGUCACCUUCCACACCUGGAAACGUCCUCCACUUCAGAGUCCAGCUGUUCCAGUUUGGAUCCGUUUGUCCUGAAUUUUCAAGCUCCUUAUUUUGUGUGAAGCAGCUGCUGGACUCGGUGAUGGAGGACAAACUCUGAACUUUAACAUGAUUCCACUGAAGUCAGAGUCAGACAGGUAAACAGCGAGCUGUGAUAUUCAACAGGAAGUGAUGUUUGAUGGAUUGUUGAGAACUCUGAUGAAUAAAAACAUCCACAGAAA